GUUGUCUGUAUAUGUUUCUCAUCAUGCAGACACGUCCUGCUUCCGUAUCGGAGGACGAUGCAGAAUUGCAGACAUCUCCAUUGGUGGUGUCUGAACUCUGAAGCAGAGAUAUCAGCAUCUAAUCCCUGCUUCUGGAGCUUCGAUGCUCCUGCUGCCACGAACUCAAUGACUUCGUAGGAACCAGAAGCAUCUCUCUAACUUGUACAUGAUUCCAGAGAACUUUGCAGUUCCUGCCUUCCUGGUUCGGUUAAUAAGGUGCAAGUCCCGUCUGUGUUUUUUGGUUGGAACUUAGGAGCGAGAGAAUAGAAAGAGAGGUUCGGCGAGGGCAAAGAGGAGAAAUUAGGUGGCGGUGAUUGAACUUCUGCGAGAAAUUCGAGGGCAAAGAGUGAAAGAGGUGAUUCGACCUUGCAGAAAUGGAAUCUUUAAUAUCUCUGACAAAGCAGUUCUCAUAGCUGGAAUCUUUCUCUACUAGAGGAGGAAGGAGGAAAAAAGAAGGGGAACAGUCCUCUGUGUUCUGGUGAUUGUGUCCUGCGGUCCCUUUUCUCCAUUCUUUUCGAUUUCUAGGUCUGAAAAUGGAUAGAAAUGGAGCUAAUGAGAAACGCAACAAGCGCAAGCUUCGACAAUCUCGCCUAUACCUCAAGGUCAAGAACCAGGAAGGGAAGGAGGUAUUCAUGAGGAUCAAGCGCAGCACCCAGCUAAGAAAGCUUAUGAUUGCUUACUGCAAACAACAAUUGAUAGAGUUGAACUCUGUUAAAUUCUUUUUCGAUGGUAUCCGCCUCCUUGGAGAACAGACACCAGAUGAACUAAAAAUGAAGGAUAAUGAUGAAAUUGAUGCAAUUGUAGAGAAGUGCAAAGGUCAGGAAGAAAGCAAGAAGGCAAUGGAUCAACCAGCGCACAUAAAUAUCAAGAUCAAAAGCCAGGAUGGGAGUGAAAUAUGUUUUAAGAUCAAUUGCAAUACAAAGCUACGGAGGCUAAUGAUUUCUUAUUGUGAGAACAAGUUUUUGCAAUACAGCUCAGUUCGAUUCUUAUAUGAAGGUCGGCGCAUCAAUGGAAAUAAGACGCCAAAUGAACUCGGAAUGGAAGAUGGUGAUGAAAUUGAUGCAAUGUUGGAGCAGAUGUCAGGUGGUUUUUAGGAACCUUGAUUUCAAUAGAAAUUCUAAGCCUCUCUAAGACUCCAACCAAGCAAAUAUGUUAAGAAGAAACGGUUUGUUGGUAUCUAGGCUUUGCUUCAUGCCUCGAGAAUUUUAUUAAGGAUGCUUUUCAAAAGAAGAUAUCUCAUCCAUGAACAAGAAGUGACAUUCUUAUCUUUCUCAAUAGGUUAUUAAGCAUAACCAUUUAUGGGCCUUAUUGGAUAUUAAUAGGAUGUUGUAAAUUGGUCUUAUGUUCAUCUCUUAAUCCA